AUGCCUUCCGCAUUCCCAGUCAUGAUCGACACCACGCCCGACCUGGACUUUGCUGCGCCGGUCAAGGCGGCGGGUGGCGAACGCACCCUGCUGCUGGCCACGCCCUCAGUCGCCGCCCACGAGGAGAUGGUUAGAGACCUCUUCACCAAGUUCGACCGUUCCUCGACCGACCUCCAUAUGGUGGACCGUCUGUUGUCUGGCAUGAUCGACCUCCCCGCCAACACUUACGACCGCGUCGUCCUUCUCGCCGACCCCGCCGACAAGGGCCAAACCAACUGGCUGAGCCGCGACGUCUACGGCGCCCUCGUGCCCGCCAUGAAGGUCGGCGCUAUCCUCCAAGCACAGGAUGGCGCCCUGGGCACUUCGGAUGCCCGCGAAGCCAUUCUCGCCGGUCUUGUUGAGAAAGAUGGUGGAUUCCAGAAGGCAGAGGAUGAGGAGGUUGUCGUCUCCUUCAGACCCAACAAGAAGAAGGCCGCCAUUGGCCAGCCCGUCCAAAUCAGCUUUGACAAUCCUGCCAACUACGAGAACGAGGAUGAUGAUGAGCUCAUCGACGAGGACGAUCUUCUGACUGAGGAGGAUUAUAGCCGCCCCAUUCAGCAGCGUAUGUCUCCUCCCCUUCCUUCACAAUUCCUACCGCUUACUAAUUCCGCAAUUCCGUCAUUAGCCCCUGAGUGCCAGCCCAAGCCGGGCAAGAAGCGCCGCGCCUGCAAGGACUGCACCUGUGGUCUGGCCGAGCGCCUCGAGGCCCAGGACAAGGCUCGCCGCGAGAAGGCGGACCAGGAGCUCAACACCCUGCGCCUCAAGACUGACGACCUCAACGAGCUGGACUUCACCAUCAAGGGCAAGACCGGAUCCUGCAACUCGUGCAGCCUGGGCGAUGCCUACCGAUGCGCCGACUGCCCUUACAUCGGCCUACCGGCUUUCAAGCCCGGCGAGGAGGUCAUGGUGCUGCAGAACACAGCCCAGUUUUGA